CAUCCCCCUCUCUCAAUUCUCAAGCAAAAACCAGAUCAACAAUGGCGUGCCAAAACCCUAACAUCCGAACCCCAAUGUACCCCGACGUGAUCCAAUCACAUCCAGACACCUCAUCCUCAUUUCUCCCAAACCCUAACCCUAACCCUAACACAUCUUCCUCUCUCUACCCCACACUCGACAUGAAAGACCUCGUCGACAACCUAUUCCCUGAAAAUUACGAAACUGGCCCUAAACCCAACGCUAACUCCCCUUCCGCCCCUCCCGUGUCCCUCGAAGAGGUCCUCAUCACCGUCCCCGGAUCGAUCCUCCAUCUGAUCGACAAAGAGUACAGCGUCGAGCUCGCUUGCGGCGAUUUCGCCCUAAUUUGCCUCCGACAAGCCGAUAACGUCGUCGCCGUCAUCGCCUGCGUCGGCAGCGAGAUCCAAUGGCCUCUGACGAAGGACGAGGCCGUUGUCAAGCUCGACGACUCGCAUUACUUCUUCUCAUUCUGCGCGCCAAAAGAGAGCGAAUCGGAUUCGUAUGUCUCGGAUGAUGUGUUGAAUUACGGAUUGUCGAUUGCGUCGAAAGGGCAAGAGGGUUUGUUGAAGCAAUUGGAUGGAGUUUUGGAGAAAUAUAGUAGUUUUUCGGUGCAGAAGGUGGAGGGGAAGGAGAAGUCGGAGGUGUUGGACGGAACGGUGGCGAGGGAGCUGUCUCCGGCGGACUUGAAGUCGGAGGAGAAGAAGGAGUUGAUGGAGGAGAGGUGCGCGGCGUACUGGACGACGUUGGCGCCCAAUGUGGAGGAAUACAGUGGGACUGCGGCGAAGAUGAUCGCGGCGGGCUCCGGGCAGCUGAUCAAGGGGAUUUUGUGGUGUGGUGAUGUGACUAUUGAGAGAUUGAAAUGGGGAAAUGAGGUUCUGAAGAAGAGGAUGAAACCCGGUGAGAAGUCGGAAGUCAGUCCGGACACAUUGAAGAGGAUCAAAAGGGUCAAGAGAGUGACAAAGAUGACAGAGAAAGUAGCAACUGGGGUCCUUUCUGGGGUAGUGAAGGUUUCAGGGUUCUUCACGGGGAAAGUGGCAAACUCAAAAUUGGGAAAGAAGUUCUUUGGCCUCUUGCCAGGGGAAAUUGUCCUUGCUUCCUUGGAUGGAUUUAGCAAGGUAUGUGAUGCUGUUGAAGUAGCUGGAAAGAAUGUUAUGUCAACCUCAUCCACUGUGACGACCGGACUUGUCUCGCACAGGUACGGUGAAGAUGCAGCUAAGGCAACAAAUGAAGGGCUUGGUGCUGCAGGACAUGCCGUGGGGACCGCAUGGACUGUUUUUAAAAUUCGAAAAGCACUCAAUCCAAAAAGUGUUCUCAAACCUACUACCCUGGCCAAGUCUGCUGCAAAAAAAACUGCUGCUGAGAUGAAGGCGGCUAAGAGUUCCAAGUAGAUGAUCGUUGUUAAUUUGGUCGAUGUUAAAUGUCUAGCUAGCUCUUGUACAUGGUGUGGCAUUAGUAAAGUUAGCAGGCUUGGCUCCGUGCACCGCCUAUUGAAAAGUAAGCAUUAACCUCUGAUCAGCUCAGCUUUAAAUUCAUGGUACCGGAAGUUGAAUCUCGAAUCUCAACGGAACAAUUUUUUAAUUUUUUUAUUUUUGUAUCAAAAUUUUUUGUCCUAUUUUCUUUAUGGACUUAAUUAUGGAUUAUGGUGCAUCUCCUGUCACUGUAUAUUUUGGUGUUUGGUGUCAGGAUUAUUUAUACUGGGCAUUGUGCAGUAUCUUCUGUAUUGUACACUUCUGUUGUAUAAUGAAUCUUCUCUAUUUGGCUACAAGGAAAA